UUGGAGAUCGAGAUCGAGAGUGUUGUCGAAUCUACACACGCCGGCGAGAAAAUUCUGCCUGGUUUGAGGCGUUCGCUACGGCUGAGUCUCCAAUCAAUUGAGGGUGGAUCAGAAAGAUGGAUUCUGAAGAUGAAGAUGGUGGCCAUGAAUUCUCAUUGACUGGAUUCAUGUUUGGUAACAUUGAUAAGAGUGGACAACUAGAAGAUGAUGUCUUAGAUGAGGAUGCCAAGUGUCACCUUUCAGGACUCGGAACCCUGAGUGGUCUGGAAUCCAUGUUUAAAGAGCUGACUGGAGAACAGAGGAAGGAUGAUGAGGAUGACGAGGAGGAGGAUUACGAUGAUGAUGAUGAAUCAGGUUCUGAUCAAGACUCUAGCAGUGAGAAAGAGAAAGGAGUUGAAGCUGUGGAUUACUCCGACAUUACAGAGAUGGCCGAAGAAGAACAGGUCUAUAUAGAUACAAUGGCUUCUAUGUCCACACAAAAUAAAGAUAAAGAUGGCGACGAUGACGAUGAUGACUAUGAUGCUGAUGAUGACGAUGGUGAAAGCAAGAAUAAAGAUGAUUCUAUCUUGAUGCCUCCUCCUCCUAUACCACCUCCAGUAACCAGACUGAUGCAUACAUCUUCUUCAGCCUCAUCUCAAGACAAUGAUAACAGCAGUGAUAAGAGAGAAGAGGCAGAGACUGGUGAAGAUAAAGAAAAACAGGAUGAAUCAGAAAAGGAAGGCAAGAAAAAGACAGAUGAAAAAGAAGGAGAGAAUAAAGAAGAAGGAAAGAUAGAAGCACCUCUGAAGCACCUGUAUGUCACGGCUAGCGAAAAGUUCAAAGAUAAAACAGUAACAGAUCUCUUCCCAGAAUUCAGGCCUGGUCAGGUCUUGAGAUUCUACCGGCUAUUUGGGCUCCCUCAACAAAACCUCCUGCCACAGCUGUGGAGGGGGAUGAAGAAGAAAAAGAAGAAGAGACACCCCUCUGGUUCUGAUGCCAUCCCAAAGGACUCUCCUCCAUCCAGUCCUCCAAGGAAAACUAUUGAUGGAUGGGAUUAUCGCUAUGCUCCCUCUCCUCCUCCUGAGGACUGCAUGCCUGACGAUGCGGAGUUAAUCAUGGCUGCCAUGGAAGCGGAUGAUCGUAAUGCUAAUUCUGAUAAAGAUAAGAACAAGGAUGCUCUUCCUGAGAUAGCAGAAUGGCGGUAUGGACCGGCUCAGUAUUGGUAUGAUAUGCUAGAUGUACCUGAUAAUGGAGAAGGAUUUGACUAUGGAUUCAAACUCAAAUCCACAUCAGAAACCAAGGUGAAAGAAGAGAGCAAGGAAAUCAAGAAAGAACCUGACGACACCCCGACAGCACCAUCUAUAUCAGCCGAGGAGCUUCUGUCUCACCUCCCUCCAAUCCCACAAGCCUCUGAUGAAUGUUUUGACAUGGUGACCCAACUACCUUGGGAGAAUGAUGUCAUAUGGGAUGCUGAAGAUGUCAAAGAUAAGGUCCUUAGUUCAACUGCAGCAAGCAACGCUGGAUGGGUACCUACAUUAUCCAAUAGGACUGCUCUUGCUUACUACACUCAACAGGGUCAGAAGAUUGUUGACUACCUUGGUCCUAACUACAAUGAGAGAACAGCAAUGAAAGUGGUUGGUCCUAUGUUGAGUGACCUGACAAAUAGUAAACUAGCUAAGACAGUCUCGACUCCAAACAAACAAUCGCAGAACCCAGCUCAAGAGAAAUCAGAUUGUACGUGGUACUCCAUCUUCCCUGCUGAUAAUGAAGAGCUUGUCUACCAUCGUUGGGAGGAUGAUAUCAUCUGGGACCAUGAGGCAAUGGAUAAGAUACCGACCCCGCCCGUCCUUCGACUCGAUCCCAACGAUGAGAACAUUAUACUUAGGAUACCAGAUGAUAUUGACCCUGAUAAGAUGGCUGCCAGUGGGAAGGAGAAGAAAGAACCUAGGAAAUCAAAGAUUGUGAUGGAGAAGAGUGGGAUGACUAGAUCGGAUGAUCAGGAUGAGGAUUUCAACGACCAGCAGGAGAAUAAGAAUCCCUUCAACAUCUCAAACGAUGAGAACUACUAUCCUAAGAACUUGGGUGAAGGCAAACUAAGACCAAACAUGUCAUCUGAUUUACAGCACUCCACCGCUUCAGUAGAGCUUCGUCAGCCGUACUUCCCAACCCACAUGGGUCCCAUCAAACUCCGUGGUUGGCAUCGUCCUCACAUCAAGAAAUAUAACUUUGGUGCUAUCUCAGCUCCAGGACCUCACGGAGUAUUCCCUCUCGUUAGGAGGAUCAAACAGAAAGCAAGGCAAAGGGAGCAAGAGAGACAAGCCUCAGGAGGAGGUGAGAUGUUCUUUAUGAGAACAGUAGAAGAUCUAACUGGUAUGGAUGGUCAUCUUAUUAUGACUGAAUACUGUGAAGAAUACCCACCACAGAUGAUGCAGGUUGGCAUGGCAACGCGCAUCACUAACUACUACAAGAGGAAACCAAGCUCAGAUGCCAAACCACCAUUGUAUGAAUACGGUGAGACGGUCAACGUCCACAGCUCACCAUUCCUUGGUUCAUUGAGACGUCAGUCUCUUCAAGCAUUUGAGAACAAUCUCUUCAGAGCUCCACUUUACAAACACAAGGUCCCAGCUACAGACUUCCUUCUCAUCAGAACAAGACACAGGUAUCACAUCCGUGCAUUGAAUGAUAUCUUCACUGUUGGCCAGCAAUAUCCUCUUUUAGAGGUCCCUGGUCCGAACUCCAAGAAAUCUAAUAAUCAUAUUAGGGAUUUCUUACAGGUAUUCAUAUACCGGCUGUUCUUGAAGAGCAUUGAUCGUCCUCGUAGGAUCAAAAUGGAAGACAUCAAGAAAGCAUUCCCAACUCACUCUGAAAGCAGUAUUAGGAAAAGACUCAAACUGUGUGCUGAUUUCAAGAGAACUGGUUUGGACUCUAACUGGUGGGUGAUGAAACCAGAUUUCCGUCUUCCAUCAGAAGAAGAGAUCCGUGCCAUGGUAUCACCUGAGCAAUGCUGUGCCUAUUACAGUAUGCAGGCCGCAGAACAGAGACUCAAGGAUGCUGGCUAUGGAGAAAAAUCAUUCUUUGCUCCGGACAAUGAUGAUGAAGAUGAUAAUCAAAAGAUAGAUGAUGAGGUCAAAACAGCUCCGUGGAAUACAACUCGUGCUUUCAUUGCUGCAAUGAAAGGCAAGUGUCUGCUGGCAGUGACGGGUGUGGCUGAUCCAACGGGAUGUGGAGAGGGAUUCUCUUACAUCAAGGUUCCUAAUAAACCUACGCAACAGAAGGGUGAUCUCCCUGAGAGCCUUAUGCAAGAUGAGAUUGAGAAACCAACCCAACCCAAGAAGACAGUGACAGGAACAGAUGCUGAUCUCAGAAGGCUCAACCUGAAGCAAGCUAAACAGCUACUCCGUAACUUUGGUAUUGCUGAAGAAGAUAUCAAGAAGUUAUCUCGUUGGGAAGUGAUUGAUGUCGUCAGGACCUACUCUACUCAACAAGCCAGGACGGGGGAUAGCACCACAUCUAAGUUUGCCAGAGGAAAUAGGUUUGGAAUCGCUGAGCAUCAUGAACGCUACAAGGAGGAAUGCCAACGUAUAUUUGAUCUGCAGAGCAAAGUAUUAUCCAACACAGAGGUAUCAACCGAUGAGGAGAGUAGUUCAGGAGAAGGAGAAGAUAGUGACUUUGAAGAGAUGGGAAAGAAUAUUGAGGUCAUGUUAUCUAGCAAGAAAACAAGCUCACAGUUAUCCCAUGAGCGUGAGGAAGCUGAGAGACUGGAGCUUCAACGUAUGAUAAUGGGUGAGGAUUCCAAUAGUGGUCUACCUAAGGGGGGUAAGGAUGGUUCUGGACCUUCUACCUCUAAAGGAAGUAGGACCAAUACACCUGUACCAGGCAAGGAUGAUGAUACAGGAUCAGUACAUAGCUUUGCCUCCUCUCUGUCUGGACGUAGAUUAAAGAUUCAUAGAACCUUUAAAGGAGAGGAUGGUAAGGAGUAUGUGAGAGUAGAGACAGUCAGAAGACAAGAAGUUAUUGAUACAUACGUCAGGAUUAGACAAACAAAAGAUGAAUCAUACAUUCGUCAGUUUGCCUUACAUGAUGAGCGUCAUAGAGAAGAGAUGAAGAAGGAGAGAAGAAGAAUCCAAGAACAGCUCAGAAGGAUUAAAAGAAACCAGGAGAAGAUGGAGAAAGAGAAGGUUAAUCCUAAACCAAAGGCAAUCAAGAAACCAAAGAAAAAGAAGGAGAAACCUGACCUGAAGAUGAAGUGUGGAGCAUGUGGUCUGAUAGGUCAUAUGAGAACCAACAAGGAUUGUCCAAGAUAUAAGAAAGAAGACUCUGAGAAACCAGCUCCUAUUACAGUUGCUAUGACGCAGGAACAGGAACAUGAAGAAGAGAAACAGCUUGGUGAUGAUGAAUUGGUCAAAACGGAAGGAACAAAGAUUCUCCUUGAUAGAAGAGUUAUUGCCCAUGCUGAUAAGAUCAGAAGACAGUCGUUGGUUCUCAGGUUUCCUAAGGAGAAUAUCAAACAGACAAAGAAAAGGAGAGUCAACCCUGAACCACACUGUGAUUACCUCAAGAGACCCAAGCAAUCAAAGAACAGACGUAGAGCUGAUCCUCAGGUCAUCAUGAGUGGUAUCUUAGAGGAGAUCCUGAAUGCAAUCAGGGAAUUACCCUAUACUCAACCAUUUCAUACUGCAGUUGAGAAGAGGAAGUUUCCUGAUUACUACAAGAUUGUCAGCAAACCUAUAGCCCUCCAAACUAUCAGAGAUAAUGUUCGCAAGCAUCGGUAUGCCUCAAGGGAUCAGUUUGAAUCAGACAUUAAUCAGAUUGUUGAUAACAGUAUCCUCUACAACGGAGAGAUGAGUCCGCUCACCAUGGUCGCUAAGAAUAUGCUUCUCAUGGCACAGAAAAAGAUGCAAGAGAAAACUGACAAACUCUCUCGGUUAGAGAUGGCCAUCAAUCCUCUUCUAGGUGACGAUGAUCAGCUUGCUUUCUCAUUCAUCCUUGAUAACAUUCUAACAGCUCUCAAACAUGUACCAGAGUCCUGGCCUUUCCACAAUCCUGUGAACCCUAAGAAGGUUAGAGAUUAUUACAAGAUCAUCAAACAUCCUAUGGAUCUUGAAACCAUCAGAAAGAACAUCGCUAAGCAUUACUACCAUUCAUCGGAGGAAUUCCUCAAACAUGUAGAGCGUAUCCGUGACAACUGCAUCCAGUACAAUGGGAAGGAGAGUCAGUUGACAUCAGUGUCAGAAAAAGUCUUGGAGACAUGUAAGAGUAAACUUCUAGAGAAUGAGGAACAUAUCUCACAACUAGAGAGAGACAUAGCACUCGCCCAGGAAGCUGUUCUUAAGGGAGCUGAGACAGAGAGUCUAGGGGCUGCUCCUCAUACACCAAUGAGUGGUGUCAAUGAUGAUAGUAUGCAAGGAUAUGAGGAUAGUCUGGCUAGUGGUGACAGAGAUGGUAUGGGGGACUUGGAAGGAGACUACAUUGAUAUUGAAGGGGAAGAUAGUCGAACCAUGGAAGGUUUCCACGAUGAGAGCAGUGUCCUGGUCAAUGAUCUCCAACUCACACCAGAUAACAGUGAAGAUGAUGAGGAUGACUUUGAGUUUGAUGACGAUGAGAGCAAACAGGGUCCAUCCCACAAGCUGAGUGAUGAAGAACACGACGAGGAAGAUGAAGAUAUGGGAGCAUCGACAUCGAUGUCGGCUUCGAUGAUGAUUGGAGGAAUGUUUGGUGAUGAGGCUCGUGCUGCAAUGUUUGAGGAUGAUGAUGAUUCUAGGAGUUCCGUUUGGAUGGAAGAGGAAUCAAUGGAUGUCAGAGAUGAUAAUAGACUCUCACUUUCACAAUCAUUGGGACUAAUGAAGUCGGAUAUAGGGGAUGAGGAGGAAGAGGAAGACGAUGUCGGGGAACAAAGUAUAGAUGAUGUCAAAGAAGAUGGAGAUAGUGAGGAUGAUAAUGAUGAGGAUGAGGAAGAUGAUGAUGACAUGGUAGAUCUUGAAGAAGAGACAUGAAAAUAAGAUCCUCUGUGAGUGUAGAAGGCAGUUUUAGGAAAGAUUAUCAUAAAGGGCUUGCUUGCACAUGAUGUCAAUUAAUAAUUUACUGGUUAUUUCUGUUACACAUUUAACCCUAAAAGAAUUGGGUUAUCGGGACCCAUCUCACAGCUGGGGGGUGGACGGAUUCCGCCCCCCCACGAGAUCUCGGCCUUCAAUUGCGCAAGCGCCGCAAAAUUUUACACAGUGGUAGUGUGCGAUAAAAUCUACAAGGCUGUUUUUUUUUUUAAAACAAUAAGAUCUUUCAUUGAAUUAACUAUGCUAAUUUAUGCAUGAAAUGAAACCUUUGCUCUAAUCAGCUAUCAUACGGCCCCAAAACCGCUAAUUUUUUAUUUACAGACUCUUUGUAGGAUCCCAAUCAAAUGUACUUCAAAAAAAAUGUGGUAUCACAAUUUUUUUCUUGUGUUUUUAGAUUUCUUUGUUUUUGGACUUUUUGGUUU